GAAAGCAAGGGAUAAGUUCUUAACCAAAGCACAGAAGAACUUUUGGAGACGGACAGGAAGGGAAGGGAGUGGGAAGCUGGAGACAGGCGUUUGUAGGAUAACUCAAAAUGUGGACUAGUUAUGUGGUGGUCACACAGACAUCACGAGCACCGCCUGCUUUUAACUUUUUAAAAAAAAAUUAGAUUAUGUUACAUUUGAAACAGUUGAGCAUAUGUGUACAUGCACACACAUGUCCAUAUACCAGGGUACACAAGAGAGCAGAGGACGGCUUGUGGGAGUCUGUGGUCUCUUUCCAUGGUGUGGGUAGGCGCCAGGAAUUGAACUCAGCACCUUAGGCUUGGCUGUAAGUGCCUUUACCUGCUGAGCCAUCUCAUCCCUCCCCCGCCUUCUUUCUCUGCUCUCAUAUAGAGUAAGCUGGGGAGGCAGUCUGUGCCAGCUGGCAUGUACCUCGGCGAAGCCUGUGUGCGAGCGUCAGCUAUGCUAGCAUGCUUUAGUUUGCUUGGCUGCUGAGCUUUGGUGGUGCUCUGUUGCUUUGAUGCAGGGUCUCACUUGACCUUGAGUAUGGAUUCAGCUGUUUCUAUGUUUCCACUACUGGAAUUAUAGAUCUGCUGGUGAUGAUCCCAGGGACUUGUGCAUGCUAGGCAAGGGUUUACCAACUGCACUGGCAUUGGCUUCUAUUAAUAUUAAAGCCUUUGGUUCUUGGGGCUGAGAUGGCUUAGCAGUUACUGUUCUUCUAUAAGACUUGAGUUUGGUUUUCAGCACUGACGUCAGGAAGGUCACAACUGCCUAUAUCUCAGCUCCAGGGUCUCUGGUGCCUUCUUCUUGUCUCCAGGAACACCAGCAGACAUGUAGUGGUCACACACACACACACACACACACACACACACACACACACACUUAAAAAUAUUUUUAAAAUUAUUAGCUCUGGACCUGCUAGUCUUGUGACACACACACACACACACACACACACACACACACACACAAAACACAUAUAUAUAAAACUCAUCCUGUGGUCAGUAGUCAUGUUUGCUGUGACUUAGGGCCAUCCCACCCUUUCAGGUGGGCUAUUAAUGACCAACUUGCCAGGGUUUUCUUUUGGAUUGUGCCUAGAAUAACAUUAGGUUUUGAAAAUGUAGUUUUAACUGGAGGCUGUGGGUUUCGCCCAGUAAUAAUUGCUUCAUAUAUACAAGAUUGAGGAUUUUAUAUUCAGCACCUGUAUGCAUACACUCAUGUAUAUAUGCAUAUGUGUAUAUAUACAUAUUCAUGUGUAUAUGUACACAUAUGCAUAUAUAUGUAUAUAUACACACACAUGUAUAUAUACACUGGGGCAUAUACUAAUUCCUAAAGUACUUUGACUAAAAUGAACAUAUUAUCUGAAUGUGGUGGCAUAUACUUUUACUCCUAGCACUUGGGAGACAGAGGUAGAAGCAGAAGGACUUCUGUGAGAUCUAAGUCAGCCGGGGCUGCAUAGCAAGAAUGUCAAAACAUAAUGAACACAUUAGUUGCAUUCUGGGUACUGUAAUAGUUCCAGAGGUAACUGGCUGUACCAGACUCAGAAAUGUCUGGUUUGGGCUUCUGUCGUCUACUGAAGGUGUUUGGACAUGUUUUUCUCUAGGAACUGCUAGUCUGCUCUGAGGCUGUGUACUCAGAUCCUUUGGGGACACUCAGCACCCUAAAAUGUAUUUGCUUAUGCUUUAAAAUAUAGAGUGAGGGUGAAAAAGAUGGAUUGGUGGUUAAGAGCAGUUGUUUUUACAAAGGACUCAGGUUCGGUUCCCAGCACCCAUAGCAGGCAGCUCACAACCAACUGUGGCUCCAGUACCAGCCUAUAGCAGGCAGCUCACAACCAACUGUGGCUCCAGUACCAGGGUUUUUGACCCCCUCUUCUUACCUAUGCAGACAUUGCAUGCACAUGAUACAGACACAUGAAUUUAGGAACGCACACAUAUACAUUGAUCGAUCAAUGUUUUAAAAAGUAUUUAUUGAGAACCUAUUUUGUAUUAACCACUGCCUGCAAGAGCUGUCUUCUCUCAUUUGUUUGUUCUUUUGUUUUUGAGACAGUCUCGAGCAGCCAAGGUUGGCCUCAAACAAUACAUGUCUGAGGAUAACCUUGACCUGCGACCCUCCUGGCCUCCACCCCCCCAAGUGCUGGGAUUGUAGACUUGCAGGGCCACUCAGUUUUUGCUGGAGAUGGUGUUGGAGAUGGGACCUGGGGCUUUGUGUAUGUCCAGGCAAGCCCUCAACCACCCAAGCUGCGUCCUCAGCCCCUGCUUUUACCAUCUGUUAACCAAGUGUGUGUCUGAGGAAGCUUGCACUACAAGGAUCACUCCAAUUUUCCUGGGUUGGUGGGAUUGCGAGUGAUUUUCAUUUUCUUCUCUGUUAAGUGUUACUAAGGAUGUUGGUAAGCAUCUUGUAUAUUUCUGUGAAUGAGCGAAAUUAUCCGGGGCUGGACCAUUUGAUCUCUUGAGUGGUAGGUGAUAGACCCUCUGUCAUGCCCGGCAGCAUAGAGUGGAGAACUGUCAGCUGAGUGUUCUUCUUGGGCAGCUGGUUGGCCUAUCCUUGAGGCAGCCCGGAAGCCACUUUACGGUCACUCUGAAAACAUUCUAAGAGCUUCAGGGAUCACUCCAACCAGCCCCUGCUUCAGGAGGCCACGGUGUGAGUGACUUUCCUAGAAAAUCUGGUCUGAUCUUGGAAAACUUCGAUUUAAAAAUUAAAUGAAAAUUUUAAUUUUCCUCCUCUCCUCCCUCCCUUCUUUCUCUCUUUCCUUCCUUUGUUCCUUUCUUAUAUGUGCGUGGCACAGAUGUUCCAUGGUAUGUGUGUGUGCAUGCGCGCAUGUGCACAUGUAGGUGACCGCACAGCUUGUGCAUGUCAAUUCUAUCCUGCACUACCGUGUGCACUUCUGACCUACUAUGUGGCCUCUGGAUCUAACUCCUCCCCGGCAUGUGUGUGGAAGUCCGAGGACAGCUUGUGGAGCUCAAUUCUGUCCUACUGUGUGUGUGUCUCUGGAUCCAACUCAGUUGUCACUCUUGGCUCAAGGAUCUUCACUCCCUUGGUGCAUCUCAGGAGAAAGCUUGUGAUUGGUGAUGGGUGGGGUUUGAGGCCUGGGGCGUAAGGCCUGGGAUGGGUGGAACUGAACCUGUGGAGGCCUAUGAUUGGUGGAACUGAACCUGUGGAGGCCUGUGAUUGGUGGACCUGAACCUGUGGAGGCCUGUGAUUGGUGGCCCUGAACCUGUGGAGGCCUGUGAUUGGUGGAACUGGACCUGUGGAGGCCUGUGAUUGGUGGACCUGAACCUGUGGAGGCCUGUGAUUGGUGGAACUGGACCUGUGGUCUGUCGGAUCCCCGAAGCAUGGUGCUUCACUUGGUUCCCAUUCCCCUGCUAUGCAGGUUCUGCUCACGUUUUCGCCACCCAGGAGACCCUCACUCACGCUGCCACCCAAGUCCCCGUACCUCUCCUGAUCUACUUAGUGUGUGUGUGGGGGCUAAGUGCAGGACACAAAGAGAUGUGGGUGUGGCUGCUAGCAGAGGCUAUAACAACCUUAGUACUGUUAGUGAAGUGACUAGGAACACAGGCGAGUGGAAGCAGAGGGGACAUGGUGACUAAGGACUGUGGGACAUGUGGUGAAGGUGAGAGACUGCAGGCCCUUGUCUCUGGAGAGAGUUCUAGGGAGCUGCCUGGCAGUAAGAGCUGGGAGUCUUGACACCUAAGACUUGAAAGCCAUCAAUACUGCUGCUAAUGAGCCAGGGAUCACUCCCUGCUGAGAGCAGGGUUGCGGAGGGUGAAGCCUGUGUGACCUGAGCAUCCAGAGUUUUAAGUCUCUGGCUGUUGGAGCGUGGAGCCAUAAGUAGUGCACGUGAUGGUUCAGCACUGCGUGUCUAUUAGUCCAGCACUGUGUGUCUAUUAAUUAGUCCAGCCCCCAGCUGGACUUCCUCAGCUUGCUGAAGUCUCAGAACCACAGACACCAAGGCAGCUGCUCUUUCCUCACUUUGAUUUCCAUCUGCACAGAACCAAGAACCCAACGCAACCAUCUGGUUGGCGAUGUUACCAUUAUAUGUAUGAGGUUGAUGUGUGUUUUCGGGUAGGUUGCCAUCUGUCCACCUUCCCUGAUGAUCUGUGUGUGGUUGUAUGGGUGGGUAUACUGUAUUUGGAUACAUCAAAUGGAUAUAUAUAUAAUUUACAUGGUAUAGGUUGGAUUAGGGAGAACAUCCCAAGUUUUGAACCACUUGGGUAGUGUUGCUAUGAGUAUUCUUGUGUAUGAACAUGUAUGUCUUUUAAAUAAUUUCAAGUUGCAUUUAUUAUUUAUCAGUUUUUAUCUCUCUGUGUAUGUGUGUGUAUGCGUGAGUGUGUUUGUGUGAGUGUGUGUGUAUGUAUAUAUGUGUGUUUAUGAGUGUGUGUGUGUGUGUGCAUGUGAACGCCAUGGCUUUGUGUGGAGGUCAAAGGACAACUUGCCAGACUUGGUUCUCUCUUUCAUCAAGUCAUCAGACCUGGUGGCAAAUGCCAUAGCCACUGCUUCGUCUUACCAGGGUCUCCACUCCAACUCCCCAGCACCCCCCACGUGUGAGACAAGAUCUCACGUGACUCAGGCUGUCGUCAAACUGGCUGUGUAGCCAAGGAUGACGUCCGGCUUCUGACCCUACUGCCUCUACCUCCCGUGCUGGGACCACACCAUCCGUUGACACCUAGUUUAUUCGGUGCUGAGGCUUAAACAGAGCUUCUUGCGCGCCAGGCAAGCACUACUUUCUGAAAGGACAUUUCCCACCCUGCCUCUCCUGCUUUCCCGUGGCUACUGCUUUUCUUGGUUCUUCACUGCACCCCCCGGCAGUGUUUUGCAGUCUUUCUGCCGUUUUACUCUCUGGCAUGUCAGACCUGCUCCUGUUCUCCGCAGAACACCUGUGACUACACUGAGGGCACAGAUAAUACAGAACAGUCUUUCCAUCUCGAGAUCCUUGAUCACGCGUGCUGUGUGCUAGCGUUCCCACCAUAGAAAGCAUAUUGGGUAGAUUCCAGGGAUCAGGAUGUGGGCAUCUUGUGGGUAGAGACAACAUUCAACCUCUUACAGGACUAUAGCUUCUAAACUGGCUUAAAAAAAAAUCUGUGUGUGCAUGUGCUAUGUGUGCACAUGUGUGUGUGCGCGCACAUGCCUGCUGUGCUGUGUGUGCAUGUGUGUGCUGUGUGUGAAUGAAUGUGUGUGCUGUGUAUGCAUGCAUAUGUGCUGUGCUGGGUGUGCAUGUGUGUGUGUGUGUGCAUGAAUGUGUGUGCUGUGUAUGCAUGCAUGUGUGCUGUGCUGUGUGUGCAUGUGUGUGUGCAUGUGUGUGUGUGUGCACACAUGCCUGCUGUGCUGUGUGUGCAUGUGUGUGUGCAUGUGUGUGUGUGUGCUGUGUGUGCAUGUGUGUGUGCAUGUGUGUGUGUGUGCACAUGCCUGCUGUGCUGUGUGUGCAUGUGUGUGUGUGUGCUGUGUGUGCAUGAAUGUGUGUGCGGUGUAUGCAUGCAUAUGUGCUGUGCUGUGUGUGCACGUGUGUGUGUGUGCACAUGCCUGCUGUGCUGUGUGUGUAUGUGUGUGUGCUGUGUGUGCAUGAAUGUGUGUGCCGUGUAUGCAUGCAUAUGUGCUGUGCUGUGUGUGCAUGUGUGUGUGCAUGUGCACAUGCCUGCUGUGCUGUGUGUGUGCUGCAAUGUGUGUGCAUGUGUAUGUGUGCUAUUCUGUGUGUGCUGUGCUGUGCUUGUGUGUGUGCUGUGCUGUGCUUGUGUGUGUGCUGUGCUGUAUGUACACAUGUGUGUGCGCUAUGCUUUAUGUGCUGUUCUGUGUGCAUGUGUAUGUGUAUAUGCUGUGUUGUGCUGAGUGUGCAUGCAUGUGUGUGUACUGUGCUGUGUGCACAUGUGUGUGUUUGCUGUGUGCAUGCAUGUGUAUGUGCUGCACUGUAUGUGCCUGCUGUGUGCAUGCAUGUGUGUGUGCUGUGCUGUGUGUGUGUACUGUAUGUGUGUUGGUCAGAAGACAACCUCAAGUGUUGGUGCUUGCCUUCCACCUUGCUUGAGACGGGUUCUGUUGUUUGAUGCUGGUACCCCAUGCUAGCUGGCUGGCGCUGUUCCAGGAAUUCUGCCUCACCUCCCAUCUCCUGUAGGAGUGCUAAGACUAUAGAUGUGAGUUCACAGAUCUAAUCUCAGACCCUCAUGGUUGCAUGUUAAGCCCUUUAUAUUCAGAGCCAUCUCCUCAGCUCUGCUUCCAGGGCACACAGUGGGCGGCUGGCUGUGGCCCUGCUGGUGUUUCCACACAGCCUGUUUAUGGACAGCUGUCUGAGGACUCCGGGAAGAGACAGGAUUUAGUAGGCCUCUGUGCCCUGAGCAAAGGGUUGAAAUUAUUGUCCUGGAAUCUCUGAGGCUUUUUGCAGUUCUCCCUGGCUCCUGCUGAUGCGAUUUGGGGCCAAGCCAAGACAGAUUUGAAGAGAAAACAGUACAGAAUUUGAUUUUUGACAGCCCAGACUGGGUUGAGUGUGGUCACAGCCCCAAAGAAAGUGCUUUAUUUGUGCCUCAUACCAUGAUAUCAAUAACAGCGAUAAAAUUAGGAAACAUUAUAUGUGGCUUUCUGUUGUAACUCCAUUAUUUGAAGGUCAGAUAAGUCCUUUGGGCCCUGAGUAACUUUCUCUUCUGGCCUUGCAGUUUUAAGGGGACUAUUUAUGUUGUUGUGCGGUUUGGUCCUUUUCUAUAAAUAUAUUGAUGAAAAUGUAAAAGGGCGUGGGCUUGGGAUAGAACUCAUUUGGCAGAGCAUUUGCCUCGGAUGUCCCGAGAUUAUCCUUGUCAGCACUGCAUCUGUCGGGGGCACGGUGGUGGCUGGUGGCGCUCACCUGUCAUCCCAGUACUUUGGAGGUGGAGGCAGGAGGAUCAAAAGUUUAAGGUUGUCUUCAGUUAGCUUGAGACCAGCCUAGACUACAGGAGAACCAGUCUCAAAAUGAGAGCAAAAAAGGCAGGCCAGAGGACAUGUCUCUCUGAGCAGAGUGACCAGUAAAAGAGCCAUGAGUUCAAAGCCCCAGCACCCGUGUAAAAGCUUGGCAUGUGGCACCCGUGUCACCCCUGCGUGGGGGAGGGGGGCUAAGAGGCUUCACUCUGUCUGGAGUGAUAAGAAGCUCCAGGCUGUAGGAGAUCCUGUCUCAAAAAAUAAAGGCAGAGGGGCAGCGAGGAGAUGGGUUACUUUGACAAAGGCUCUUGCUGCACAAGAUUGGUGACGACCCAGAAUCCACAGAAAGGUCAAGAGAGGUGGCUGACCCUCAUACCUUGUCCUCUGACCUGCAUGCCUGUGGUAUCUCCAACAACAACAAGAAUAUUAAAAAUAUGGAGAACAGAAGACGACACUGGACCUCGACUCCAGCACGUGCACAGGCAAGCACACCCCCACACACACGCCACACCCACACGCCACACACACACAUUUGCUUUACACACACACAAAGUUGAAAGGCAACCCGUGUUGGUCUCUGGCUUCUCAUGUGGAUGCUCUAAAUGCGAGAUCUGUAGGGAGCCUUUUGGAAACUGUGGGUGAGACCUCUGGGCCCUCCUGGCCUGUGCUCGGGAAGGCAGAGCGCAUGAUGGGACAUAGGUGACUUUCAGUUUGUCUUCGUUGUCAGUCUGUCAAGGCUUUGGCCAGCUGUCAGCAGUCCGUGAACCCCCUGGAGACAACCUGGGCAGAGACAAGGAACCCUUAAAAGUGCGGUGUAAGCGGGUGCCAUUAUCCUUCAGACCUCCUCCUUGCAGGUAAUGUGACUGGGCAGGAUGUUUACACCCCAAAUAUUUAUUGAGCACAUUUUGCGUACAUGCCAAGUGCCACUCGAGUGGUCAGAGGUUCAGUUAGGCCCUGCCUUAGGGACCUGACCGUCCCUGCUAAGAGAGGUCAUUUGUUUGUAUGGUGCCUGAGAGGAAAGAAUGUAGGCAGUUUGAUCUCCAUGGCAACAGGGCAAGCUCUAGCAUUGUGACCAAGUGGCGAGACUGUGUUCUAAUAAAACUUUAUUUGGCAAACAGGCAGCGGGUUGCACGUAGCCUUCAGGGUGUGGCUUGACCGCCACCGGUCUCCCAUGGCACUUGGACCUUUUCCAGGCAGCUGAGUGUGGUAUCCUUGAAUUUUUCAUGUGACCUUAAGCUUUCUUGUACCUCUGUUUCCCUUGUUUAUUUCUUCAGAAUUGGUGUGGCGCAUGUGUGUGCGUGCAUGCGUGCGUGCGUGCGUGCGUGCGUGUGUGUGUGUGUGUGUGUGUGUGUGUGUGUGUGUGUGUGUGCGUGUGUGCAUGUGUGCGUGUGCGUGCGUGCGUGUGUGUGUGUGUGUGUGUGUGUGUGUGUGUGCAUGUGUGCGUGUGCGUGCGUGCGUGCGUGCGUGCGUGCGUGCGUGCGUGCGUGCGUGCGUGCGUGUGUGUGUGUGUGUGUGUGUGUGUGUGUGUGUGUGUAGGUAGCUUUAUGGGGUGGGCUCUCCUCUUCCACCUUCAUGUGGGUUCUGGGUUCAGGAGCUAGCACUCAGGUUCCUAGGCUUUCAAGUCCUUUCCCUGCUGACCCACCCUGCUCUCCUCCUCCACAGGGAUGGCCUCAAACUCGCUAUGCCCUCAGUGUGACCUGGAAUUAUUUUUUUUCUUCUCUCCCAAGUGCUGGGAUUCCUGGCAGUCAUUAGUAAAAGUAGAGCUUUUUUUUUUUUUUUUAGAUGGUGUCUCACUAUGUGGCUUGGGACGGGCUGGAACCCACUGUGUAGACCAGGAUGGCCUCAGAUUCGGUGUGAUUCUCUUGCCUUACCCUCCCAGGGGCUGAGAGUGCAGGUUUGGUCUUGAUCUGUAAAACAGUGACGUACAGUAUCUGUUAUAAGGACAUUGGGGGGGCUGGUGAGAUGGCUCAGUGGGUAAGAGCACCCGACUGCUCUUCCGAAGGUCCGAAGUUCAAAUCCCAGCAACCACAUGGUGGCUCACAACCAUCUGUAAUGAGAUCUGAUGCCCUCUUCUGGUGCAUCUGAAGACAGCUACAGUGUACUUACAUAUAAUAAAUAAAUAAAUAAAUAAAUCUUAAAAAAAAAAAAAAAAAAAAAAAAAAAAAGGACAUUGGGAUCCGAGUUAGUUACUUACCUCGUUGCUUUAACAAAACACCCGACCAAAGCAAAGUACGGAGAAGGGUUUUCAAGCAGGGCUUCCAACCAAACAGACUUGGGUUGUCUCCUUCCAUCCCUGGGUUCAAGGGAUCAAGCUCUGGGCUUCAGGCUUGGUGGCGAGUGUCUUUCUCUUUGUGUCAUCCUUUUGACUCUAACCCUUACAUUCAGGUAUCAGCACGUUAUUUACAUGACAGUUUCCUGGUCUUUUUCUGUCCCCUUCUCCUCAUCCCUUUCCUGUCACUAGGGGAAGAACUUGGAAGCAGAUGCAAUGGCAGGAGUCCCAGCAGCCCUGGUGAACCAUGAGGUACUUUGUGCUGGAUUUUGAGGCUGGCCUCCUGCAGUAUUUUGUGAAUGAGCAGAGCAAGCACCAGAAGCCCCGGGGAGUCCUGUCUUUGUCUGGAGCCAUCGUGUCCCUGAGCGACGAAGCUCCCCACAUGCUGGUGGUGUACUCUGCCAACGGAGAGAUGUACAAGCUGAGAGCCGCUGACUCGAAGGAGAAGCAGUUGUGGGUGACUCAGCUUCGAGCGUGCGCCAAAUACCACAUGGAGAUGAGUUCCAAGACUACUCCAGGCUCCCGCAGCCGAAGCCUCACUUUGCUCCCCCAUGGAACACCCAGUUCUGCAUCUCCCUGUAGCCAGAGACAUCUCAGUACGGGCGCCCCCGGUGUUGUCUCAGUCACGCGUCACAAGUCGCCUGCAGCUGCCCGAAGAGCCAAGAGUCAGUAUUCCGGCCAGCUUCACGAAGUCAGAGAGAUGAUGAACCAGGUGGAAGGCCAGCAGAAGAACCUCGUGCAUGCCAUUGAGUCCCUGCCAGGCUCGGGCCCUCUCACUGCCUUGGACCAGGACCUGCUUCUCCUGAAGGCUACCUCUGCCGCCACCCUCAGCUGUCUUGGGGAGUGCCUCAGCCUGCUCCAGCAGAGUGUGCGCCAGGCGGCGCCACCCAGCCACAAGCCAGGCGCCUCAGAGACCAUCCUGGGAUGGCAUGGGCCCACGUCACAUUCCACAGACCAACUGAAAAAUGGGACCCUCGGCUCUCUACCCUCCGCCAGUGCCAACAUAACAUGGGCGAUUCUACCAAACUCUGCAGAAGAGGAACACAACUCACAGCCGGAGCCAGAGCCAGACUCAGGCCCUGAACUGGUUUUGUCCGAAGAAGAACAGAGCGACAAUGAGGACAAGGGAGAGGUGGAGCCGGGCGCCAUGGAGGAUCAGCGUAGUGUGAUCCUCCACCUCAUCUCACAGCUCAAGCUGGGCAUGGACCUGACCAAGGUGGUGCUCCCCACGUUCAUUCUGGAGAAGCGGUCCUUGCUGGAGAUGUACGCAGACUUUAUGGCGCACCCUGACCUGCUGCUGGCCAUCACUGCCGGGGCGACGCCAGAGGAGAGAGUCAUUAGCUUCGUGGAGUAUUAUCUUACGGCCUUCCACGAGGGCCGCAAAGGCACCCUGGCCAAGAAGCCCUACAACCCCAUCAUCGGCGAGACCUUUCACUGCUCCUGGGAGGUUCCUAAGGACAGAGUCAAGUCGAAGUGGACUUCCCCCCACCCUCCCAUUAGUGCUCACGAGCAUCCGAUGGCCGAUGACCCUUCUAAAAGCUAUAAGCUCAGGUUUGUGGCUGAGCAGGUAUCCCAUCAUCCGCCCAUCUCCUGCUUCUACUGUGAGUGCAAGGAGAAGAGACUGUGUGUCAACACUCACGUAUGGACCAAAAGCAAGUUCAUGGGCAUGUCCGUGGGGGUCUCUAUGAUAGGGGAAGGUGUGCUUCGACUUCUGGACCACGGGGAAGAGUACGUCUUCACGCUGCCCAGUGCCUACGCCCGCUCCAUCCUCACCGUGCCGUGGGUGGAGCUUGGAGGGAAGGUCAACAUCAGCUGUGCCAAGACUGGGUACUCUGCCACCGUGACGUUCCACACGAAGCCCUUCUACGGCGGGAAAGUCCACAGGGUCACAGCUGAAGUGAAACACAACCCAACCAACACCAUCGUCUGUAAAGCACAUGGGGAGUGGAAUGGCACCUUGGAGUUCACCUACAGCAACGGGGAGACCAAAGUCAUCGACACAACCACCCUGCCUGUGUAUCCUAAGAAGCUUAGACCCCUGGAGAAGCAGGGGCCCAUGGAGUCCAGGAACCUCUGGCAGGAAGUCACCCACUACCUGAGGCUUGGGGACAUUGACGCAGCCACAGAGCAGAAACGACGCCUGGAGGAGAGGCAGAGGGUGGAGGAGAGGAAACGGGAGACCCUUCGCACACCGUGGCGACCCAAGUAUUUCAUCCCGGAGGGCGAUGGCUGGGUGUACUUCAACCCCCUCUGGAAGACACACUGAUGGGCGGAGGUGCAGUGCUUCCCGUAAUAGGCCUGGUUUUGUAGGAAUUAAAGUGGUACAGUAUCAAGAUUCCGUUGGUAUUUGUUGAAAUCUCUUGCUAGCAUCCAAGUCGGAGAGAGGGGUUACAUGAAACAUGCACCUCCAAAUUCUGUCUGAGGAUUUUAUUCAAGGAAGGGCAGCCGAGGCCCGUGGGCACACCUCUCACCUGCCAAGGCUGCCGUGGGUAACCUUGAGCUCCGUUUUAUUCACGAGAGUUGGUGUUCUUUAUUUCUCACGUUGCCACAGUCAUUCUGCCAUGGUCUGUCCUACUCACCGUCUCCUGUCUUUUGUCACGAUGCAGGCUGAGGUGGCACAGCCUGGAAAAGGAGCGAAUUCCUGGCGGAGGAGGGGAGUGGCCACCGGCAGAGGGGGUAGUGGCCACCCGGCGGAGGGGAGAGUGGCCACCCUGGGGUGAUGCUUGUUCUGAUCCAAGGCUGUCUGUCCACAUCCUAGAAAGAGCAAGCAGGCCUUCCAGUUGCACAAGGUGACAGGAAGCCACUGGGGGCUGAUAUGGAACCUUCUAGAAGGGAGUGACUCCUGAGGAAUCAGGGCCAGGCCCACCAGGUGGUUUUAUCCAGUCUCUCUGACACUUCCCAUGCCCAGAGCAUGAGACCCUGUGUUCUUCACAGCCGGAAAGAAAUCACACGGUCAUGACAAAGGGCUCUGGAAGGUCAAUACACGCAUGCCUACACUACACGGACCACCACUGCCUCAUAUCUAGUUGGGGAAAGAGAACAAGUAGUCUUAUUUCUUUUCCUUAAUUUUGACCCAAGCUGCCAGAAAGCCUCUGUAACUAGGACAGCCACGAGCCCCAUGAGCCCCCCAGUGUCCCAGCUGAGAAUGUCUUCAGCCUCACACAGGUCAAACAUGGACCAAACAAAAUCGAGAAAAAGGAUGUCUAAUUUGAUUUUUGCUCAGUGCUUAAUUUAUUUUUUACCAUGCCACCCAAUGAUAUUUAUAAAAUUCAGUAGCAUGAAUGCUUCUCUGUAGUAAUACUAAUUUUGUGCCUUUUGUCUGCUUUCUUAAGACCAACUGUUGACACUUUGUAGAUAUUAGACAAAUAUAUUUCGAUUAAAUA